AUGCUGCUGGCACGGAUGAACCCGCAGGUGCAGCCCGAGAACGGCGGGGCGGCCCCGGACUCCGAGCAGCCCGUGCGGGCGCGCAAGGCAGCGGCGGCGGAGUUGCUGGUGGUGAAAGAGCGCAACGGCGUCCAGUGCCUCCUGGCGUCCCGCGGCGACGACGCGCAGCCCCGGGAGACCUGGAGCAAGAAGAUAGACUUCCUACUGUCGGUGGUCGGCUUCUCCGUGGACCUGGCCAAUGUCUGGCGCUUCCCUUACCUCUGCUACAAGAAUGGUGGAGGGGCCUUCCUCAUCCCGUACACCCUCUUCCUCAUCAUCGCGGGUAUGCCUCUGUUCUACAUGGAGCUGGCGCUGGGCCAGUACAACCGGGAGGGGGCAGCCACGGUGUGGAAGAUCUGUCCAUUCUUCAAAGGCGUCGGCUAUGCCGUGAUCCUCAUCGCCAUCUACGUGGGCUUCUAUUACAAUGUCAUCAUCGCCUGGUCUCUCUACUACCUCUUCUCCUCCUUCACCUUCAACCUGCCUUGGACUGACUGCGGCCAUGCCUGGAACAGCCCCAACUGCACCGACCCCAAGCUCCUCAAUGCCUCCGUGCUGGGCAACCACACGAAGUACUCCAAGUACAAGUUCACUCCGGCUGCCGAGUUUUACGAGCGCGGUGUGCUCCACCUUCACGAGAGUGCUGGGAUCCGCGACAUCGGUCUGCCCCAGUGGCAGCUCCUGCUCUGCCUCGUGGUGGUUGUCAUCAUUCUUUACUUCAGCCUCUGGAAAGGAGUGAAGACCUCGGGGAAGGUGGUGUGGAUCACAGCUACACUGCCUUACCUCGUGCUCUUCGUCCUGCUGGUCCACGGCAUCACGCUGCCGGGUGCCUCCAACGGCAUCAGCGCCUACCUGCACAUAGACUUCUAUCGCCUCAAGGAGGCCACGGUCUGGAUCGAUGCCGCCACACAGAUAUUUUUCUCCUUGGGGGCUGGAUUUGGCGUCUUGAUCGCCUUUGCCAGUUACAACAAAUUUGACAACAAUUGCUACAGGGAUGCUCUGCUCACCAGCACCAUCAACUGUGUCACCAGUUUCAUCUCUGGCUUUGCCAUCUUCUCCAUCCUUGGCUACAUGGCCCACGAGCACAAGGUCAACAUUGAGGACGUGGCCACCGAAGGUGCCGGCCUGGUCUUCAUCCUGUACCCUGAAGCCAUCUCCACCCUGUCAGGGUCCACGUUCUGGGCUAUUGUGUUCUUCAUCAUGCUCCUGGCCCUGGGGAUCGACAGCUCGAUGGGAGGCAUGGAGGCGGUCAUCACCGGCCUGGCCGACGACUUCCAGGUUCUGAAGAGGCACCGGAAACUCUUCACCUUCGGGGUCACCUUUGGCACCUUCCUCCUGGCCCUGUUUUGCAUAACCAAGGGUGGGAUCUACGUGCUGACGCUGCUGGACACCUUCGCGGCGGGGACGUCCAUUCUCUUUGCUGUGCUCAUGGAGGCCGUCGGCGUUUCGUGGUUCUAUGGUGUGGACAGGUUCAGCAGUGACAUCCAGCAGAUGAUGGGGUUCAGGCCCGGCCUGUACUGGAGACUGUGCUGGAAGUUCGUCAGCCCUGCCUUCCUCCUGUUCGUGGUGGUGGUGAGCAUCAUCAACUCCAAGCCGCUCACCUACGAUGAUUAUGUCUUCCCGCCCUGGGCCAACUGGGUGGGCUGGGGCGUGGCGCUGUCCUCCAUGGCGCUGGUGCCCACCUACAUCGUGUACAAGUUCCUCACCCUUCGGGGCUCCGUCUGGGAGAGGUUGGCCUACGGUGUCACGCCAGAGAACGAGCACCACCUGGUGGCCCAGCGCGACAUCAGACAGUUUCAGCUACAGCACUGGCUGGCCAUCUGA